UAGAUUCAAAAUAUGAAGCUCCUCGUCUCAACUCUUAUCUUAAUCAGUGCAGUCAGUGCCGUCAGAAAUGGAAUUGAUUUCAUUCAGCCAGUAUCUGUUGCUACAUUCACUUGUGUUAAAAAUGCAGGAUAUUCUUUCGUAAUUCCAAGAGUUUUUACUUCUGUUGGAACAGUUGAUCAUACUGGAAUUCAGAAUGUGGCCAACGCAAGAGCAGCUGGCCUCACUGAUGUCGAUGGAUACAUCUUCCCUUGCCUAAAAUCGACUUGCGCAUCUGCUGCUAACCAAGUUAAGGCGUCUCUUGAUGCAGUUAAGGCUGCUGGAACUAAGAUCUCCACUCUAUGGCUUGAUAUUGAACGUCUCAAUUGGCCAGCUGAUCAUGCUAGCAACCGUGCAUUCAUUGAAGCAAUGGUCAGUGAAGCAAAGGCUUAUGGACAACAAGUUGGAAUCUACAGUAACUAUUACAAUUGGCAAGAUAUUGUUGGAUUGGAUUAUCAUGGACAAUCUAGUUUGAUGCUUUGGUGGGCUGCAUACGAUGGAGUCAAGGAUUUCUCGAAGUUUGCUGCUUUUGGAGGAUGGUCAUCACCGACAAUUCAUCAAUGGGAAGGAACUACUGCUGGACCAUGUGGGGUCUCUGUUGAUAUGAACUAUGUUCCGUAAAUAGUCACUCGAAAUGUAUUCGUGUAUUUCAAAUAAAGUAUUGAAAUAUUUU